AUGGCCUGUGAUUGCAAGUGUGGGCAGGUGCUGCAGGCGGAGCUGACCGAGCUCAAGCAGCGACGACAAGAGCUGCGCGAGGCCUUCAAAGCCAACAAAGCACACAUGAAGGCCGCGCAGAAGCGAAAAGACCAAGCUGGUCAAGGCAGCUCGUCAACUUUCGGUGUCGGACUUGCAGAACUUGCUCGGAUCGAUGACGGCCGAGCGCACAGAGUGAGUGAAAACAAGAAAAGCUGUGCAGGUGCCUGCAGUUGGCACACCUUUUACGGGUAUUAUGUACAAACAAAUGACAUAUACCAUAGAAAAUUGUAUACAGAACGAUUAAGUAACCGUGUAGCGCCUCUGCUCCAGCUCCCUCAUGAAGUCUCUCAGCCAACGAGCCCUCUUGAGAGAUAUGCCAAUGGUCUUUCGGUAAUAAUCCAAUUCGUAACCAAUGAAAGGAAUCUCCAGUCCCCCUUUGAACUUGUGGUAUCCAAAGGGGGUGCCCACAAUCUUAUAGGUGGUAAUUAUCAUCCACAACCAAAGAAAUUUGUCAGGCCCCCAAACCAAAAUCUGCAGGUACAUAAACAAUCUGCAAGUUAG